AUGUACGACGGGGUGAGGGUGCCCUCUCCUGAGGCCAGUGCUAAUGGUGCUCCGGGUGCCACCACGCGCCCCAAUGGCGACGAAGAACAGGAAGAAGAAGAAGAAUCUGCACCACCAAAGCCUGUACUGGUGAAGAAGGCUCGCCGCGAGAUCCUGGACCAUGAGAGAAAGAGACGAGUGGAGCUGAAGUGCAUGGAGCUGCAGGAGAUGAUGGAGGAACAAGGAUACUCAGAAGAGGAGAUCAGGCAGAAGGUCGGGACAUUUCGGCAGAUGCUGAUGGAGAAAGAGGGAGUCAUAACAAGAGAGGGAUCUAAUCCGAGACCACCGGUGACAGUUUUACCCCAUGGUGUUGAAGAGGAUGCAGAGGGCAGUGGGUUCGCUGAUGGCUAUGAGGACGACUAUGACUGGCACGGAGACUACUACGAUCGGGAUUCUGUCAGCCACGAUGACUAUAGGGCCAAGAGGAAGUCGAGCAGCUCACCUUCUCCUCCACCAAAGAAAAGAAAGAAGAAGAAGAGCAGAAGACACAGUCGGGUUGACAGCUCGUCUCCGACACGGCGAGGAAAAAGGAAGAAGAGUGGCAAGAAGCACAAGAGAGACAGGUCCACAUCUGGUUCCAGGAGGAAGAGGAGACAUAGAUCAGGCACUCCAAAGAACAAACACAAAGACAAGAGCAAACUGAGAAAGAAAUCUCCAGCAGAGUGUACCAGCAGGAGGCCCCAGCGCAGAGGAAGCUGCUGUAGCUCGCGCAGUGCCUCUGUCUCAUCCACAGCCACCAUCUCCAGAUCCCCCAGCAGGUCCAACCUGAAGUACAGGACAGAGAGACAGAAGAGGUCUGGUAACAGUACAUCUCCGUCUCCCAGUCUGGAGAACGGCCACCACAGCGAGCGAGUUCGCAAUGGCAAACACUCCGGACUCAGCCAGCUAGAGGGCGAGAAAAGCAGCGAUAAGCUACGGUCUUUGGCUUCAUCCUCACCGAGUGAAGUGCAGAGGCAGACGUCGCCUCAUGUAAGGGAAGCAAAGAGCCACAGCGCCCUCUGCAGAAGCCCUGGACGGCAGCAGACGCAUGCCCAGAUGGGGGAGGCAGGAAAGGGAGAAGAGAGGCAGCAGCGGGGUGGCAAGCUGUCCUCUGAGUCAUCAGGAAAACGGGCAGGACGGAGCUGCCGCUCUCCUGCCCAUAGCAGUGACUCCCAACACGAUCUCCAUUCGAAAGCCAAGGGUGCACAUGUGAAGAAAGCAAAAGGGUCUCAUUCGUCUAAGAGGCGCCGUCACGGUAGGGCCAUGAACCGACACCGCAGUGUGUCAGCGUCACCAACUCCACACAGGCGUACAUCGGGCCGCAAAAAGAGCAAAUCAAGCCUCCAGCAACGAAGCAGCUCAUGGAGCAGUGUUCAUUCUUCUUCACGUUCCAAAUCAAGAGAGCGCACGCAAAGCAAAACCAGGUCCCCACAUGCUCGCCAGAACAACUCUAGGGAGAGGGACAGUCCUCACUACUCUGAUGCUGAGAGAACUCGCCGACGCUCCCGCAGUUAUUCUCCCAUUCGGAAGAGGAGGAGAGACUCGCCCAGCUUUAUGGAGGCUCGCAGAAUCACCAGUGCACGCAAGAGGCCGAUACCGUACUACAGGCCUAGUCCGUCUUCCUCCAGCUCUCUGAGCAGCUACAGUAGCUCUAGCCGGAGCCGAAGCCGGAGCCGGAGCUACGACAGCUACAGCAGCUACAGCCGGAGCAGGAGCAGAAAUCGAAGCAAAAGCAGGAGUAAAAGUCGGAGCAGGAGCCGGAGCAGAAGCAGAAGCAGCAGUCGGCCACGAAGCCCCAGUCAGGCAUACAGCUACUACAGUCACAGCAGCUACGACAGCCCUGGCUUCUGA